UAUUUGCUUGAGUAAAAGAGACUAUAGGCUAUAGGUUUAAAUUCGAAAUUAACAUUUCCUAAUUAUAAGUCAUCAGUAUCGUUUUUCACAAAAGGAGAUUCUGUCCUAGUUUGAGUAAUACUUUUACAACUCUUGCAAUUCGCAGACAAUAAUUCAAAGGAGAGAGAGUUGAACCUUGGUAUUCAGAUUCAUUUUUGAGAAAAAAUGGCUUCGGCUGCUGCAGAAUUGGUGGCAGAAAGGGAGCCAGAGCCUCGACUUGAAAUUAUUAAGGAUACUAAUAGGUCGUUUGUUGGGGCAGAAGGUCUCGUUCGGAUGGCUUUGGAACAAUACACUGAGAUUUUAACAACAGUUUCGGACCCCAGAGUGAGUGAUUGGCCCCUGAUGAACUCGCCAAUCCCAACCUUCGCGAUUGUGCUUUUGUACCUCUACAGUGUGACAAUUCUUGGUCCACGAAUCAUGGUCAACAGAAAACCCUUUCGCUUGAGAAAUAUUCUUGUUGCUUACAAUGCUUUUCAAGUAGUCUUUUCUCUUGGAAUGAUGUACGAGCACUUAAUGUCAGGAUGGUUGUUAGACUACAGCUACAAAUGCCAACCAGUUGACUACUCUCAUAACCCGUCAGCCCUCAGGAUGGCAAAUCUAUGCUGGUGGUAUUUCAUAAGCAAAUUUACCGAAUUCGCCGACACGAUGUUCUUCGUCCUGCGGAAAAAGGAAAGCCAAGUGACGUUCCUGCAUCUCUACCACCAUUCUUUGACUCCUCUUGAAACCUGGAUUUGCGUCAAGUUCAUCGCAGGAGGUCAUGGUACCCUCGGAAAUUUAAUAAACAAUGGAGUGCACGUGGUCAUGUAUCUAUACUACAUGCUGGCAGCCAUGGGGCCCGAGUACCAGAAAUACCUCUGGUGGAAAAAACACCUCACUUCAGUGCAACUGGUCCAAUUCUUCCUGGUCUUCAUCCACAGUGCCCAGGCUUUGGUUUUCGACUGCGGGUAUCCAAAACUCGUCGCUGGACUUCUUUUGCUCCACUCAACGAUCUUCUUCGCCUUGUUCUCCGACUUCUACAGACAGGCCUAUCGCAAGGAAAAAAUGUCUUCUGUCGCCAAAACAAAGGCCAAGGAGCUCAAAUCCGAGUAGAGAAACGGCAGAAGGAAUCCUGAUUUUCGAAUGGACGAGAUACCCUUUCGCCUUAAUCUAGUCCUACUCGUGCCUGAUUCUCGAUCGCAAUGGCCAUGGGCGAAUCGUCCGAGCAGAAGAUUGAGAACGUAGAUCGAGGAAGGAAUCGCGAGACGGCGUUUUCACGCCAAAGAUUCUCGGAUCGAAUCGGUCUCGACGUCUGAUAAUGUCCUAGAUUAUUUAAAAAGAAUUUCCUUGGUUAAGAAGCUGUACAGUUAAGCGUUAAUGUAAAUAAGAACCUUUUCCGAAUUUCCAAUCAAAAUAUACUAAUGAUAUUUCAAUUUUGGAAUGAUAAAGAUUAAGUUUAACGUCAAGGAGAUUAGAUAAAUAUACAUAUGGUUUAUAAGUAACUUAUUCUAUAGAAAAAUUUCAUAAUAAUGUUGAAAGUAGAAAACGUAGCAAUUCCGAUGCAUCAGACUAUUUCUCAGAGAGCUUUCAAAUUUGAAGGUGAAAGAAGUUUCGGCUUACCGGACUUUGAAGUUUGGAUGAACAUUGUUUUUAUGUUUAAAUGUUUAAAACUUGACACUAUGUACACCUAAAUAGAGUAUAAAUUUCGAAACGUUCCAGUUUGGAACAGAAAUUAAUUCAUUUUUUAAAUUUGUAUCUUUGUAAGAAACUCUUAAAAGACACCAACUCAAAAAGAACAGGCAUUUCAUUAUUGUUAUUUUUCUACUCGAAAGAUAGUUUUGUUUAGCCUUCUACUGUUGAAAAUCUUUAAGGUUUUAUAUAAUUCAUUGAAAACAGUAUAAUAUAGACACAUAUAAUAUGUAAAUUAUUUAUUCUUCGAUGUCUGUGAAUCUGAAAUAUUUCCAAAUAAAAGUAUUUCCAAGCUUUCUAGUACGGAAG